UGGAAAGGGGUUGGAAGGCAGGGGAGGGGGCUCCCUAAUCACCGCUCCUUCCUUCCUUCCUUCCUUCCUUCCUUCCUUCCUUCCUUCCUUCCUUCCUUCCUUCCUUCCUUCCUUCCUUCCUUCCUUCCUUCCUUCCUUCCUUCCUUCCUUCCUUCCUUCCUUCCUUCCUGGGGAUCUGAUCAAGCCUUGAGAAGGAGGUGGGGCUGCUGCUUUGUCCUUCUGCCCAAGGGACUUGGGAAGAGCUUCUCCUCCUCUUCGCCCGAAAGGACAGAGAAAGAGAGACACCCUUUUCCUCGCACCUUCGGCAGCCUCGCGCCUCCUUUCGCAUCUUCUCUCUUCAACUGCGGAUUAACGGGACCAAGAUCCACGCAGGAAGGAAGGCAGGGAGGCACACCUGUCUCCGUCUCUCUCUCUCUGUCUUUCUCCAGAUGCAACGCCUGUGGCUUUUGCUUGGGAAACUCCCGCAAGGAGUCAGCCGGCGAGCCUUGGAAGCGGGGCCAUGAGACCCCGAAGCGCCCCUCUUGCUUACCCCGCUCUUGCCUCCCCAGAAAGCAGUCGGAUCUCAAGGAAAGAGCCUUGCCUUCUCCCCUCCUCACGCCCGAAGCGAUUUCCCUCUUGAAUGAAUGAAGGCAUCGGAACAAAAGACCCCAGAGGGAGUCGGAUUGGGCUGGAUUUCCUCUCGGUCUCUACGAAGUCUUCAUUCUCUUCAUUCCCUUGGAUCGCGCCUAGCCUUCUCCAGACAGAGAAAGAGAGAGAGAGAGGGGGAGAGAGGGAAAGAGAGAGAGAGAGAGAAAGAGAGAGAGAAAGCAGCGCAUCUCCUCGUGCUUGCCUUUCCCUUGUCUGCUCUCCGUCUGCUCCCUUUCCUUUUUGAGGAGCGGGAUUGAGGGGCAAGACACCCGUGGGGUUCGCAAAGGCUGCCUAGUUUCCUUCCCUACUUUCUGGAAGUUCUUCACCAACGUCCCGCCCUCCCCUGGAAGCCCGACCCGGGUUGGAGGGGGCGUGCCGGCCUCUCCUCCCUCGGAUGGGGCCCCGCUUUCCUCCCGGCUCCUCCCAUAGCCCCUUGAGCCCCUCGGAUGGGACCCCGGCACCCUUUCCCCCCUCCUGGGUCUUGACAAGAGACCAAUAAGACAUAGAAAAGGAUUGGGGAGAGAAACUUGGGACGGGGAGGGGAGGAGGAGGAGGAGCGGGGGACUGGGCAGCGUGGGACCCACCCGGGGCCGUGGGUCCCCUUCCCUUCCACUCCAAGGUCUGGCGGGCGGAGGCGGAGGAGGCGCCGUUGAUGGCCCUGCGCGCCGGGACAGCUUGGUUUGGGCAGGUCUUGCUCCGCGUUUGCCGGCUGCACGGCCCCUGGUCCCGGCGCUCCAGCAGCCUCCUCUGCCUCUCCUCCUCGCAGGAGCCCGACCAGGGCGGAGGCGGGGAGCCACAGACGCCGGCCAGGCAGCCCUUCUCUUGCCCGGGGCAGCAUCAGCCCUCCGAGCCCUUCCCACGGCGCUCCGUGGCCGGACGCUCUUCGGAGGCGGCUCAGCACCCUGGACAGCAGCAUCGCCUCUGCUGUUGCUCGGAGGAGUUUCAGGACCCUGGACAGCGUCCCCGCCAGCAGCAGUCCUUCCCAGGCAACUCCAUCCCUGGCCUCGCUUUGGAGACAUUUCAGCACCCUGGACAGCAGCACCUUCCAGGCAGCUGUGCAGGGACGUUUCAGGACCCAGGAGAGCAGCCUCUGCUAGGAAACUCCAUCCCUGGACCAACUUCGGAGCCCUUUCCUCACCCUGGGCUGCAUAACUCUUUGGAGAGGGUAAAUAAUCCUUCUGAAGAGGCAUCCUUCCAAGGCUGUUCUUUGGAGGCCUUCCCGCACCCUGGAAGCUCCAUCCCCGCCCGCCCGUUGCCCUUGGCCCCGGUGAGCGGCUGCCUGUGUUGCGCCCUGUUGAACCCGCAGGCGGCCGGGAGGGGACAUGGUCCCUCCUGUGGGCCCUUCCUGGAGGCCAUGAAGAAGCAGAACGUGCGGACUCUCUCUCUGAUCAUCUGCACGUUCACUUACUUGCUGGUGGGAGCGGCCGUCUUUGACGCCUUGGAGUCCGAACACGAGAUGCGCGAGGAGGAGCAGCUGAAAGCCGAGGAGACUCGGCUCAAGGGGAAGUACAACAUCACCAACGACGACUACCAGCAGCUGGAGGACAUCAUCAUGCAGUCGGAACCGCAUCGGGCCGGGGUCCAGUGGAAAUUCGCAGGGUCUUUCUACUUUGCCAUUACAGUCAUCACCACCAUAGGUUAUGGGCAUGCUGCUCCAGGAACAAAUGCUGGGAAGGCUUUCUGCAUGUGCUACGCUGCCCUGGGCAUCCCGUUGACCCUGGUUAUGUUCCAGAGCCUUGGUGAACGCAUGAACACCUUUGUCAAGUACCUCUUGCAACGGAUGAAAAAGUGCUGCAGGAUGAGGAGCACCGACGUGUCCAUGGAGAACAUGGUAGCCGUUGGGUUCUUCUCUUGCAUAGGGACCCUCUGCAUAGGAGCAGCGGCUUUUUCCCAAUGUGAGGAGUGGAGUUUUUUCCAGGCCUUCUAUUACUGUUUUAUCACAUUGACUACAAUAGGGUUUGGGGACUACGUGGCCCUUCAGACGAAGGGAGCCCUUCAAAAGAAGCCGCUCUACGUGGCAUUUAGCUUUAUGUACAUCCUAGUGGGAUUGACAGUCAUUGGGGCAUUUCUCAAUCUGGUUGUUCUCAGGUUGUUCAUGAACAUUGAGGAGGAGAGACGGGAGGCAGAAGAGCGGGCCUCCCUGGCAGGGAACCACAACAGCAUGAUCAUUCACAUCCAAGAGGACUCCCAACGUGGCCGGCCCCGGUACAAGGCCGAAGUUGCUGACCUCCAAUCUGAUUGUUCAUGCAUGUGCUACAGGUCCCACGAAUACACCAGCCGGAUGGUGUCCCACCAAAAUUCCUUCAGCUCCAAGCUGAACCUUCAGUACUUUCACUCCAUCUCCUAUAAGAUAGAGGAGAUCUCGCCAAGCACAUUAAAAAAUAGCCUUUUCCCCUCUCCAGUCAGCUCCAUCUCACCUGGGUUACACAGCUUUACAGAUAGUCACCGGCUGAUGAGACGGCGGAAGUCCAUUUGAAAUGGUUUGCCUUUGGAGGUUUUGAUCUUUUAUUCCUAAAGGUUUUGGUGUAUGUGUUGUUUUUUUAAAAAAUGACAACAGAAAUUCCUUUUUCAGCUAAGAAAGGAAAUAAGAAUGCAAAGGGAAAGACCUUCGUCCAUUGAAACUCAGCUCUGGAGCAUGAAGCAUGGAUGAACCUUUUUCUUUUUUCCAGCAACGUAUGCCUUACAUGAAUCCCCCUCCUCGGUAGUCAAAAAAGAUUCGAGGUGAUGGGAAGUGGGUAUCCAAAUUCCAAAGCUGCACACAUCGCUGGGAGGUUUUCUGUGCCAGUCGGCAUGUUUGGCCUAACAAACUCUUUCUCUUUUGUCACAAACAGGUCGCUCUGUGUGUGUGUAUGCGUGUAUGUGUCAAAGAGAACACGGGUGCGUCUCUGUGUGUGGAGCGUUUGGGUACGAAUGCACACGCACAAAUUCUACUACCAGUGCCAUGUGACUAACAAGAGUAUAUAUUUAAGCAUCAGGUAUUGGUUUCCUUUUAUACCUUUCUUCCUUUGAAGAAAUUGUUUUCUGGCCUGCUUAUGGCUUCCAGAAAAAUAAAAUUAAAUAAUCGGGGUGGGGUGGAAGAAAAGCUGGGAAUCCUUUUAUUGUUUGCUGAGUCAAGCAUGCGCCAGAAACAAGUCAAUAUAGCGAGUGUAUCAUGAUAAGACUUUUUUAAAAUGCUAGGUUUUAUUAGAUUGUAUCAACCAUUUUGUUAAAAUUUUAAAACAAGUAACAAGGUGGGGGAAAGAAGGAUUGCUUUUGCUUGCCAGGCCAAAUCCUUGCAAAACUAUUUUUUUAAAUGAAAUACAGCAUGCGUUUUGUAAAACUGAUAUGCAUUAUAAAAACACAAGAGGAAAACAAAACCCUGUCAAUGGAAUUCAUACGCAACUGCAAAGAACAUGGAUUUAAAAUACAUUUGCGUUAAUUAUGGUUGUUCUAAGUAUUUGUCAUGUCCAUAGAGAAUUUUUUCUGCAUGUGUGUAUAUGUGUAUGUAUGAGUUCAUCUGCAUUACAAAGUUAUAUCAGUUUGAUUCUACUUUGUUGCAUUUCAUCCUACAGAAUCCUGGGAUUUGUAAUUUGGCAAGGUACUUAGAAUUCUCUUCUAAAGAGUUCUCUUGUUCUCUCUUGAACCUCAGAACUAGAGUUUUGGAACAAUUUUGAAUAUCUCAUUAGGAUUCCUUAGGAUGAAGACACCGGAAUUUAUUGUUAGCUGCCCUGAGAAAGAUGGGAUGAAAACUGAGCAAAUAAAUAGAAUAAAUAAUUAAAGUGCUAUCAAACUGACACAACUUUGUAUCGUAGAUGCAUUCUAUGGCCUAAAUCCCAUUAUUUCUCUGGACUAGAGCAAACCCACUGAAUCAAUUGGAUGUAUUCAUCAAGCACCAUUCAAAAAUCAAUCUGAUGCAUCUUCUCUAACUGGGAAUUGUCAACAGGAUCGUGGCCUUUGUAUCCUAUGAUGGGAGAAAGGAACAGUUAUUGUAUUAUUUCUUGAUUUUUAAAAUUUAUACAGUUUUUGUAUACAAUUGUCUUCUAUUUUAUUUUCUCUCUGUGGGUAUGUGUGUGUGCUCAAACAUGUCCGGCUACCUUUAUGUAUAGGAAGUAUAUUUUGGGAAUGUUUGGAUGAUAUACAGAGGUGGAUGUAUAUAUUUUUUUUUGAUUAUAUAAAAAAGCAGGGCAUUCCUUGUUUUUUACAUGUGAAUAAUAAUGAGAAUAGUAAUAUGAAGAGAGUGUCUCUCGAAUGUUUUUGAUUUGUAAAUAACAGGAAGCCUUGGUUGGUCUCAGGAAGAACUCAAGAUGGUAUCCUUGUGCUUUGGCCUUCUAAGAAUUUCAUAUGAAGUCUAAGAUUGUUGUUUUUGAUUUUUUACUUAGACUACAUAAGAAAAAGGUACACAUGGAGAUGUCAAACCCAGUUCUACAUCAAAUUUGGAUUGCUUCAAGGAGUUUAGGAAGUUUCACCCUAUAUGGUUGGACUGGCCUACAAAGUAAUGAAUCCACAAGCUCUGGCCAUUUGUGAGCAGCCAUCUGUAAUAUGUUUCUGGCAGUCCCAAUCUUAGAUUGUUCUAUAUAUGUGAAGAACAUCUGAUUAUGCACUGAUUAUGGCCUACCAACUUAGCUCAGUAUUAAAUGUUAUGACUAUCGGUUGUUUUCUAAAACCUCUAAAGUUAUUGAUCUAUUGGCUUUGGUUAGUGGAAGACUGUUCUUACGUCAUAUCAAUAUUGUCCUCAGAUAAUAUCUUAUUUGAAAUAAUAGUAUAGGGGUUAUGAAUGACAUUGGCUGGUUCCCAUCUUUCCUUUACUCUAGCAAUUUCUACAAAUCCCAUGACUGCUUUUUCUAGAGCCCUGUGUUCCAGUACUAUAAAUAAUAUUAAUGUCUGAAAAUAUGCAUAAUGCUGCAGGUUAAAGUUAAAAGAAAUCUCAAAGAAGGGAAUAAGAGAAGGAAAACGGAAGUUUUACCCAUGUAUUUAAAAAUGUGGAGUUGUAAAGGAUAUAGACUAGAUUAUAGAAUUGUGGAAUAUUUUUGCCUUCCAUAAUAUUGGAAGCAAGAUGGAUAUUAGGAACCUAUCAUGAGGAAGGAACUGGCAAUGUCACUUCUCAGUACUACUUGCCCAAGAAAACUUAUAAAAUUCACAGGGUUACCUUAAGUUGACUGGCAGUUUGAAGACAUGUAUACACAUACACACAAUAUUCCCGCUAACAUCGAGAGUCUAGUUGAAACACUCAUGCAAAGCCUUUUUGCUAGGGAAAGGUAAACAGAAAGGAGUAUUAUCAUAUCAUAGAAUCCUAGAGUUGGAAGAGACCUCGUGGACCAUCCAGUCCAACCCCCUGCCAAGAAGCUGGAAAAUCACAUUCAAAGCACCCCAGAAAGAUGGCCAUCUAGCCUCUGCUUAAAAGCCUCCAAAGAAGGAGCCUCCACCACACUCUGGGGCAGAGAGUUCCACUGCUGAACAGUUCUCACAGUUAGGAAGUUCUUCCUAAUGUUCAGGUGAAAUCUCCUUUCCUGCAAUUUGAAGCCAUUGUUCUGCAUCCUAGUAUCCUGGGCAGCAGAAAAAAAAGCUUGCUCUAUGACUCUCCCUCACAUCUUGUUACAUGGCCUUCAUCAUGUCUCCUCUCAGCCUUCUCUUCUGCAGGCUAAACAUGCCCAGCUCUUUAAGCUGCUUCUCAUAGGGCUUGUUCUCCAGACCUUUGAACAUUUUAGUUGCCUUUCUCUGGACACAUUCCAGCUUGUUGAUAUCUCCCUUCAAUUGUGGUGCCCAGAAUUGGACACAAUGUGAUUCCAGGUGUGGCCUGACCAAGUGCGAUUAGAGAGGUAGCAUGACUUCCCUGGAUCUACUCUUAUUUAUGCAGGCCAAAAUAUCUCAUUGACUUUUUUUGGCUGUCGCAUCACAUUGCUGGCUCAUGUUUAUCUUGUUGUCCACUUCACAUGUUCUUUUGUUAAGCCACAUAUCCCCUAUUCUGUAUCUUUGCAUUUCAUGUAGUAUCUUGCAUUUGUCUCUGUUGAACUUCAUUUUGUUAGUUUCAGUCAUCUCUCUAAUCUGUUAAGAUCAUUUUGAAUUCUGCUCCUGUCUUCUGGAGUAUUAGCUAUCCCUCCCAAUUUGGUGUCGUCUGUAAACUUGGUGACAUGUCCAUUGUGUUGAUGUGGGCUUUUAAGGUGCAUAUUUUAAUGGCUGUCUUUUAUUGACAGGGAUCUUAAAUGAAUUUGAGUCCAAGAGUCACCAAUUUAAGCAUCAUUUCAGGAUUUGAAGAAACAUAAGAGAAACUGCCUUUUCAAAAGCACCCAUCUGAAUUUUCAACCUUUUAAUUGGGGAAUUAGACAAGAUAAAACUUGACCACAAUAGAAGAAAGCAAUGGAGACAACACAGAGGGAAAAUGAUUAAAGACUGAAUGGCGAUCUAUUAUGAUUUAAUUCACCAACCCAACAUCAAGCUAAAACUAAAAUAUUCAGUUCCUUUUAAGUGGAGAUUAUAAUAAUUUUAUAAUAAUUAAAGUGGAGAAAUUUAAAUCAGAUGUGUAAUUUCUUUUACAAAGUGAGAGGGGAGAAAAUCUGAUUAAGGUAAUGCAUAAAAUGUUAUCGGAAAUGCUGCUUUCAGUGAGAAGGAGUUCAUAUCAACAUCAUUCAUUACCAUGAGAGAGAUACUGCCUUGGAGUAUAACAAAAUGAGUUAUGAAGACAUUUAGUUACAAAGAUCCUUGUUUUUUGAUAAAAACCAUCCAGAUUUCUAGUCCUUGUGGAUUCAAUGAAAAAUGGAAAUGCAAUUGGAGUAAAGUUCUAAAUAGUCACCGCAGUCCAUUAAAAGGAAUAAUUGGCUGCAGAAAAAAAUAAUAAGCCCACCUGGAGGGAAAUAUUUUACAAGGUCUGUAUUAACUAUAAAAAACUUUAUCACAAGUGUAGGUGAGGCCUCCAAAUUUUAAUGUCAGCUAAACAAGAGAUUAGUGAAGUUGGUUUUUUGAACUGCACCUCUGAGAAUGACCUAGCUAGCCAUUUUUUUGAGCUCCGAAUUAAGCUACACUUCAUUUUCUUGACAUUUUGAUGGGAUGAAUAGGAGUGAGAUGCUUUGGAACCAAUUAGAGAAGCAAUUUGGAGCACAGGAAUGCAACUUCAUUUUUAUUUCAUUUUCCUCAAAAGCUUACCAUAUUAUAAACCACUGAUGCUAUGGGAGAGAUUCAUGGUUUUGUGGCCUCACAGAGAGAUACAAGGUGGCAAAGAUCCAAAACUAUAAAGUUGGCGAUGGGAAGGCAAUGCUUGCAGUCCUUGCCUUCUUAUUGCUGUUGUUUAAUUACCAUCAAGAUGGCUUUUAUUUAUGAUGAUCUUAUGAAUGAGAGACUGCCAUGAACCCCUCCCAUCAGUAGGUCUUGCUUACUCACUUUCUCAGGACAGUGCCUCAGGUUUUGCAAGCUCAGGGCUAAUGCUUUCUUAUUGAAUCAAUCCACCUUCUUGUUUUCCUACUGCCUUCCAUUUUUUUCUGAGCAGUAUUGUCUUUUACGAAGACUUAUUUUGGCUUCUCAUGGGAGUUUGCACAUCUUUGUUGUCAUGUGAGUGUAAGUCCUUUCCAAUACAUGACAACCUUAGGAUGAAUCUAUCAUGAGAUUUUCUUGGUGAGGUGUGUAUGGAAGGGGUUUGCCUUUGCCUUCUUCUCAGACUCAUCAAUGAGUUUCUGUGGCUGAGCAGGGUAUUGAACUAAUGUUCAAAUUACUGUACCAUACAGGCUGUUUUGAUUUGCUGUAGGAUCCAUUGAUUUGUCCUUUUGCUGGUCCAACAAUCCAACAUUUUGAUUGAGUUGUUCUUCUUGCUAUCAGCUUUCUUCUCUGUGAACAAAUACCCCAUUUAGAGGUAACAGUAAAGAUUUCCAGUGCUUUGCAGAGUAAUGAAGGAGGGUCACGACCGACCUCCAUGCUUGAAGGAACACUCAUCCGGACUGUGCGCUCAGAUGCCUUAAAAUGUCUUGUCUGUUUAUUCUCCUUUCUGAGAAAAAUGUUACUUAGGAGAGCCUAGAGAAAAUCCAUCUUAGUAGACAAUGCUGGGCUAGAUUUCCAAUCUGGUAGAAGGCAGAAUCUUCUAUGGAUCCCAAUAGUAACAUAGGAUCAGAUUCUUUUAUCAGAUUCUUAGAUUAAUUGGGUUGCUUCAUUUUCAUUUGCCAUGAAAUGGUUUUGAAUUUGGCUGUUGCUUGAUUCAGAAACGUAACUGGCAACUCUGGACACGAAGUACCCUUCCAUUCAGGUCAGAGCUUAGUGAUGCUAAAUCUAUUGUAUUCCCCUUUACCUCUUGGAGUUAGUAAAAACAGUGGUGGAAGGGGAGAGAGACAUUUGGCCACUCCACUCUCAACAUGGUUGCCACUCCUGGUGUAAAGGGUGUAUGCAUGCACCUAGGUCUUUCAUUUCCAAUGGUGUAAAUGACAAUUAAGCCGAACUUUACCUUUUACUCUCAUUAUACCAUUUUCUCCAAGGCAUCAAGGUGGAAUGCAAGUUUCAUCCCAUUUAUCCUCACAGCAAACCUAUGAAGGAUCUUCAGGUCUUCAUAGCAAUUUGAGCCUGGAUGUCAUAAUCUUAGCCCAAUACUUUAAUCACUGAAUGACAAGCCCUCUCCAAGGAAUGUCUAGGCCAGUGGUUCUCAACCUGUGGUUCCCCAGACGUUUUGGCCUUCAACUCCCAGAAAUCCAAACAGCUGGUAAACUGGCUGGGAUUUCUGGAAAUUGUAGGCCAAAACACCUGGGGACCCACAGGUUGAGAACCAUUGCUCUAGGUCCUCCAGUGUAAUUCUAUGGCUGACUGAUAGAGAACCCAGAUAUGCCUAGCAAAGUAUCUUCUCAGGUAAAAAUUAGCAAUUUUAGUAGUUUUUCACUUUUUUGAGGCUCCCUAGCCCCAGUCGAUAUGGGCAGACUAUAGUUGGAAAUAUCCUCCACGAAACUGGCAACAAAAUCCUCUCUCAGCCUGUUUUUUCUGUGCUUCUUUUUAUGGUUGUGACAAAUGGAUAUUGUAAUUAAGAACGAUCUAAGCCAGUGCAUUUCAUUUUGUCUUAAUUGUCUUGUCAACCUUUUCCCACCUUGCUCGCUGAUCAUGUAUGGCACGCCAGUAUAUGUCAACACCCACAACAGCUAUAUUUCUUUCCUUUUUCGUUUCAAAGAAGAAGAAGAAGAAACCAAAAUAAGAUUAAUGGCACCAUCUCAUUGGUAAUUAAUAUUCAUGGUAGCGAGCCCUGUUGUCUGGGCUGAGUUGCAGAAAAGCAGAACCAAUCCAGGGGAGUGAAGGGAUUUAUCAUUACUGGUUCUUUGUGAGUAGAUUGAGUCGUGUCUCCAAUAAUUGAAAAUGUGCUCCAAGAUGCAUUUUUUCCUUGCCUGACUUCUGAUUGCACUAGUCUGGUGCCUUUGAUAAAUACUCCCAUUCAACUAUCAUAGUGGAAAGCAUUCCACAAACUUCAUACAUUGUUCCACAUGGGCAAAAAAAUCAAAUUCCUAGUUUAAAAGUUGCUGUUAUUGGUUUCAUGCCUGGCUGUUUUUCAACCCGUUGGCUCUCUGCUUUGACUUGCCCCCAAGAUUUGCCUUUCUAAAGCUCAUAGAUGGAAGAGGCCAUGUAUGACAGAUGGCCAUCUGUCAAGAGUGCUUUGAUUGUGCUUUUCCUGCAAGGCAGGGGGUUGGACUGGAUGGCCAGUGUGGUCUCUUCCAACUCUGUAUAUUCUAUGGUUCUGUGACAUGUCUCCUCCUCUUUAUUCUGCAUUAACACAAAAUAUGAUAAUGUUGAAAAGUGCCUUUCGGGCAAAUCCAACAGCCCCUUAAUUAUUACAGGAAAUGUGCAAAUCUUUUAAUAAUGUUUAAUAACACUGAAGAGAAAAUAAAAUUUGCACAAAGACCUUCAUGGGCCAUAUUUGAUCUGCCCAAUUUUACCUCUCAUAGAGACCCCAGAAGUACUUCUCUUAGAAUGAAGAGUAUUUGCUUCUUUUAAUUUUUAAUAUAAUUAUUCUCAUACUAAAGUGAAUCACAUAUCUUGAAGAAAGAGGCUUAAUUCCAAGGAGGGUGGCAUCCACUAUUCUUUGUUUUACCUUCAGAUGAAUUUACAAACCAAAACCAGAUCAGUAAUAAUCUUUGGGCCACUUUGUACUUUGAGGGCCCAGUACCCAACAAUCUUGAACACCCCUCAUUUAGGUUACCUUUGAUUCAAGGUUAGAUGGUCUCUGGAAACUGAAAUAAAGAAACAUUUUUAAAGACUUCUUUGAAAUCUAGGGAUAGAGUAGGUGAGGUCCAUUUUUUUCGAGCUCAGAUUUGAACUAAGCUUGCUGUCAGGAACAUGGGGACAAUUACACGUGGCAACUUUUCAAAAGGAUAAAGUCAUAGUGUCACCCAAUUUCAGUGCCAAUCAAUCCAUCCAAGCAAGGAUUCAAUCCUAGUUUUGUCGAAGUCCAACAUCUCAUAGAAUGGACAAUCUAUAAAUGUUUAUUAUUAUGUUUUUAUUUAUUUAUAUCCUGCCUUCUCUCUCCAUACGGAGACUCAAAGCGGAGACUCAGUUUUAUUCAGCUAAACCGUUAGUCUUUGAGGUACCACCAGAUUCUUGCUUGACAGGCUUAUCAUCUUAGAAAUUAUAUCCCAAAGAAGCUUUGCUUAGGUUGACAACAUUACACUAGAAGACAUUUAUAAUUUAAGCAUUGGGUGAUAGUGACUGGCUUGAAACAAUUUUGUAAAAAGUCAUAAAUGAAUGGAAAGAAUUAACAGGUCAAAGAAAGUUCAUACUUAUCAAAUUUACUACUAGAUAUUGCAAUGCUGAUCUCAAAGUGAGAUGGGUGGUUUGUGAAAAAGUAAAACAACUGUACCAAAGGUUAUUUAAUUAUGAUAAUCCAAUGUAACAUCCAUUUUUGAUAAAAAUUUCUAUUUUCACAGGAAGUAUACAACACAAGACAGACUUCAUAAAAAACAAAACAAAAGUAAUCUUUGUAAGUUGCAUGUUUUUGAUGAUGAAAACAAUAAUAGAUUUUGGUCGGUAUCAGCAAGGGAGGUUUUAUGUUCUUAUGAGUACAAACUUCGUAUUUCUAUAACUCAUUUUCUUUUUUUCAUUAGUGUUAUCAAGCAACAUAUAAAGCACUUACAACUUUCUAGAUAAAAGAGAAACUUGACUGUUUGGUCCAAUAGUAAAAUAAAAAUUCGGAGUAUUAUCUUUAUUGGGCUACCAAGAUAUCAUUAAAAUAAUAAUAAUUUUUUCCAAGUCCUGAGAAGGGCUUAUGAAGCUUGGGAUGAGAGAGAAACCAGAUACGAUUUCUAAAACUGAGGUCUAUAGAGAGAAGUUCAGACAGUUCUUCAAAAUCUAAUAGACACAGUAUGAAUGGAAACAGGUUUGGUCAGGGAAGAGGAAUAGCAAUUUUGAUCCAGCUGUCAAUAAACAAACAAUAAAAAAUUUGGAGGCUUCACAUUCUGCCUCCCUUAAUAGCUGGAAGCAACUCUUUUGCUAUGAAACCAGACAGACAUCAUGUGGGCUUUGCAGUAGUCUGGCCAUAGUCUUCUGAUAAACUAUUUUUGCUGCCGGAUAAGAAUGAAUACACAUAGCAGGAGUGAGAUUGAGAAAGCACUCAAGAUGUUAUUGGACUGUAUCUCUCAGCAUUUCUCGCUGUUGGCUAGGGCUGCUUCAGCCUGCAGUGCAAGAAUAUCUAAAGAGUUGCAUGACUAUCAUAACAACACAGAGUUUCUUUUCUUUUUCUUUUUUUAAAUAAUUUUUUUAUUGAUAUUUCAAAUAAGGUUUACAGCGAGAGUAUGAAAACAAAGAGGUUAUUAGGGGAAAAGGUGAGGGAUGUGCAUAGAAACAAAGAAAAAGGAAUAUGGGGAAGGAACAACCGACACACCAAAAAAAACCCCCAAAUUAAAAUGAUCACCCAAUAAAAUAAGUAGGAAGACGGACAAAAGGAGACACAAAAAAAAUAGCAAUAUAUAUAUAUAUAUAUAUAUAUAUAUAUAUAUAUAUAUAUAUAUAUAGACGUGUGUGUAUAUGUAUAUAUAUAUGUGUGUGUGUGUGUGUGUGUGUGUGUGUAUAAGUAAUGAACCAAAGAUACAAAUAAAAUAAAAAGUAAAAUUGACUUCCAUCUCAUACACAGAUACUUUACAUCUUCUUGCAUUUGGUCUGUUGCCACUGGAUAUUCAUUUAAAUUAACAUUGUCAUUUGUUUUUCUCUUUAGAUAGUUUUUUAUCAAGUCCCAAUUUGUUUGCCUUUUUGGUAUGCCAUUAUUAUUUUUUAGUAAAUACGUCAAUUUGUCCAUAUUCAUAAUUUCCAACACCUUAUUUAACCACAACACAGAGUUUCCUUGAUGAACACAUCUUUCUCCCUUGCUAGUAACAACACAUAUUUGUUUUCUUCUGUCUUGGUUCUCGCUCAGGAUCUCUUAGGUGAUGCGUAACACAUAUGAACAGAAUAAAAUAUUUGUAAAAAUAUAAUAGUCAUAAUCAUAAUAAUCAUAAUAAUAAUUUCAAAACAUUUUUAGAAAACAUACAGGCCUAAAUGUAUUUUCUGUAUUUGUUUGCUUAUUGUUAUUAUUAAAUCGUACUGAUGUGGUCCAGCUAAAGUAGACUCAAUCAGUUGUAGAAUCAGGAACCAACAUUUAAAUAAAAGCCCCUCAGACAAUGGGUCUACUCUAGUUGGGAUUAAUUGUACGAUUUAUGCAUUACUGAAAAUAGUCCCCACAACUACAUCUUUAGCGGUUGUGGAACACUGACAAGAACAUAGUUUCACUCUUGGUGAAAUGAUUAUUUACCAUUCUCUUUCUCAUCAUGGUAAGAGACGGAUAAUAAUGUCUCUUUCAAGGAGUUUCCAUCUCAGAAGGGCAGUUUUAGUUUAUCGCUGAAGGAUAGUUUUAGUCUUGGUAAGGGAAUCACUUUGAAUUUUAUCUAUUGAAGGACCGGUUUGUAAUUCAUAUAUCGUAUAUACUUGAGUAUAAGCCGACCCGAAUAUAAGCUGAGGCACCUAAUUUUACCACAAAAAACUGGGAAAACAUUGACUCCAGUAUAAGCCGAGGGUGGUAAAUUUCAGAAAUAAAAAUAGAUACAAAUAAAAUUACAUUAAUUGAGGCAUCGGUCCAACUCUGAUCAAAUCAUUAUUCUCAUCUUCUUCAAUGUAAAUGUGCUUAUGUAUCCUUUUAAUAAUAAUAGAGUAAAAUAAUACAUGUAAUAAUAGAGUAAAAUAAUAAAUACAAUAAUAAUAAUAAGAUCAGAGUGAAAUAAUAAAUGUAUUAAUAUUAUUAUUAAUAAUAAUAGAGUAAAAUAAAUGUAAUAGUAGCAACAAUAAUAGAGAAAAAUAAUAAAUGUAAUAAUACCAAUAAUAAUAGAGAAAAAUAAUAAAUGUACCAUAUAUUCUUGAGUAUAAGCUGACCCAAAUAUAAGCCAACCAGGACCCUCACCCGAGUAUAAGCCGAGGGGAGUUUUUUCAGUCUUAAAAAAAGGACUGAAAAACUAGGCUUAUACUCAAGUAUAUAAGUAUAUACUAACUUCAGCAGGCCUUGUGAAGGAAACCCAAAGACCGAUGCCAUAUUUCUCCUGAAGUUUCUGCAAUGUUCUUCACUCCGAAUUGAUGCACAUGAGCUCAGAUUUCUCAUACUUCAUUUUGGACUCCAUAUAUAAUCGGCAUUUUUUAAAAAAUAUUAGAGAUAACAAGCUUUUGUCAGUCCAAAAGAGUACCUUUACUCUGGGUGGUUUCCCCUCACUUUAUCUCUUUAACUAAUGUUUAAUUCUUAAUUUCCAUAGCUAGUGGUUUUAUCUCAUCAGGAUAUGAAACAUCUGAGUAUCAUGUCCUAAGUCAAAGGAUCCAGAGACAUCCCCAUUUAUAUUUAGCAUAACUUUGAAUUCUAUUUAUAACUUUUUAAUGCUACUAAUAGAGGGACAACCUAUUCCCAUUUCUUCUAAAACCGAGGUUUAAGGUGGCUGAAAUCUUCUCAGUCUGGGCAGUCAAAGGCUGUAAAAAUGUCAAGCAAGAGCAACAGUAUUGGGUUUUUAAAAAAUAUUAAUGAAUGGACAAAUCACAUUUGAAAUUUGACAUGAGUUGAUCCUACAUGAACAUAAGGCAAAAUGAAUUAGUUCAAUCAGUUGGUCUGUAUGGAAGUAAGCUUGUCCUGAUCUUGCUGCAAAAGGUAAGUAUGACCUGUGUUUCAUCUCCCUCUGGUUUAAGAAUUGCAAAUAGUUUUACCAUCUUUCAGCUAGGUGGUAUCUGGAUACAUAUAAUAAUGACUCCAGAUAGUCAGCUAGAUGGUUAGGUGAAUAUUCCUAGUAGGCCAAAAAAGCACAAAGAUACUGUCUCAUUAAGGUGCAAUUUGUUCAUUCAGACUAUCAUCUCUGAGGUUAAAAGUGUUCGGAUUUUUGACACAGUGACUUAUACAGAAAUUCUUGGAUUUCUUCCAAACCAAACACACAAAAGGUGUUCAACCAGACAGAAUGCCAAUUCUGAAGCCUGCAUUUAUUACGCUUGUAUGUAUUUGUGUGUGUAUGAGAGACAUGUCUUUUGAUGCUGUUUCGCUUGUCACUUUGGUUGCAUUUUUUGUACUUCUCAAAAAGACAACGGAUUGGCAUAGCACGAAUGCAAGGCUGUAUUUUAAGAAGUAUUAUCAGAAGUCACUUUUCCUAAGCCCAAUUAGUAAUAUUUUGUAUGUGCAGCAGUGACUGCAGUAGGGUCAAAGAAUACGCAUAUCAGGCUAAGAGCACUUAAGAGUGGGGAAUUCUCCUAGAUAUUUUGGUGAUGAAAGAAGAUCGUAACUCAGGGGUGAGGUUCACAAUGGCAUUCCUGUGGCAAAAUCUAACAUGUAGCUACGAUUUCGGACUGUUAGAUUGUGCAGGUAAAACAGCAAGAGAUCCCAUGACACAUAAAAGACUAUCAAAUUCAUUGUGGUGGAAGCUGUUGCGUGCUUUAGCUGAGAGCUUGACAUCUGUUGAAAUAGACUCUAGAAGUACCACAGAAUAUCCUUUUAAAACCAAGCCUGAGGGUGAAUUUGGCAUUUCCUGCUCAGGAAAAAAUAAAUCUGAGAGAUUUCAAGGAAUUUAACUUAUUACUGAUGAAUGGCUUGCCACUGAGUUUCACCUUAAAUGAUCCUUCAAGGAAAGGGUGAAGGUUCUCCAGGCAGUCGAGACAUCUACAGACUUUAUCACACAGGCUGGCAAAGCAAAAUUUCAGCAGGAUAAUAUCAUCUGUUGCUGGUAGAUAACAACAUGGUGCCAUGCGUAUCCUGCUAUCAUUUUGCCUUCCCUCCAUGACUGUAGCACUCCUUUCCAUUGAUGGUAAAAGUGUCAAUGGCUCUCAAGAUAGCUUCCUUCCCACUACUUAGGUAAAGGUAAAGGUUUUCCCCUAACGUUAAGUCCAGUCAUGUCUGACUCUGGGGGUUGGUGCUCAUCUCCAUUUCUAAGCUGAAGAGCCGGCGUUGUCCAUAGACACCUCCAAGGUCAUGUGGCCGGCAUGAUUACCUUCCCGCCGGAGCGGUACCUAUUGAUAUACUCACAUUGGCAUGUUUUCGAACUGCUAGGUUGGCAGAAGCUGGAGCUAACAGCGGCCGCUCAUGCCACUCCAGGAGUUUGAACCCGGGACCUUUCGGUCUACAAGUUCAUCAGCUCAGUGAUUUAACGCACUUCGCCACCGGGGUUCCACUACUUACUUUGAUGCUAAAUGUUCAUUUUCUAAUCCAAUAUGGCCAACAUUCAUGUGAUAUCAGUGGGCAUGGUUUUCCUUCUCUCCCUCUCACUCUUCCCUUUGCUAUUUUCAAUCAGACUAGUAUCCCACCUCCUCACAUUUAUUUUCUAUUCUUUAAUGUUUCCCCAGAUUGCUGUUGUUGCAAAAUUAGAAUAAAGAUAAUAAAAAUAUAUAUAAAUUGGAAGGAACACUGAGGGAAGUUUAAGUUGUGGAGGCUGUGUUGAAGAUAGCUUGAGGGAACACACAUUGCCAAAGCAAUGCCAUUGCACUAAUGCAGAAAGGUGCAAUACUGAACACUCUAAAAGCAGUAUGUUUCUAUUUCAUACAUGAACAUAAUUGGGAGCUCCCAGUGGCACAAUGGUUUAAACCCUUUUGUUGGCAGGACUGCUGACCAAAAGGUUGGUGGUUCGAAUCCAGGGAGCUCCCAUCGAAUCCAGGGAGCUCCCAGGUGAGCUCCCAUCUGUCAGCUCCAGCUUCCCAUGUGGAGACAUGAGAGAAGGCUCCCACCGGACGGUAAAAUAACCAGGCGUCUCCUGGGCAACGUCCUUGCAGAUGGCCGACUCUUUCACACCAAAAACAGUUGCUUCUGACAUGAAAAAAUUGAACAUGACUGUGGUGAGAUAGCAGGCCAGUGUGAUAGAAUUGUAAGAAAGAAGUUUAGAGCACCCAGUCAAUGAGAUUGACAAAACUCACUAAAACCCCUUUUAGAUUGGAGUCCCAUACAGUGUGUAGUCUUCAGGAUGCCAUGGUGUUCUUACUUGGUUUGAUCUCAAGGAAAUAUCCCCAGGUUUUUUUUUAUUAUUAUUACCAGAUGUGAUGUCAAGAGAUGGAAGAGCAGAUUAAAAAGCAUCAUGUUGCAGGGAGUUCGAUCCUGUUAGUUUUGCGAACAAAAUUAAACAAUCAUCUUGUUUCAAUGUCAUUUUGCUUUUUUGCCUUCUCCGUGGUGGGAGAGGUCAACCUCACCCAUGGCCUUCAAAUGCCAUACUUGAUUCAGCAGAGUGGCUUAAUCGUCAAAUGAGCAGAAAACGAUGUAUUGCAGCUUACUUAAAGAAUAAAAACUGUACCACACCAAUGUUUACAACUCCAAGUAGACAGCAAACCCCUGUAAAAUAUAUGUAAUUUAUGCAAGGGAUUGCAUCUUUCUUUUUGUAAUGAAUGCACUAAGCAACCCUGUAUAUAUUUUACAAUGUCUUUACAAAAAAGAGGGAAAAAAUACACAGAGAGAAUCAUUUACUGUAGUGUUGUAAAAUAAAUGCACUUUUUUCUAAUUUUUACAUUAAAAAUCCUAUGGCACGUU